AACGCAGCGGAUCGGCCGCCUCGAAAGUUUUGUUUUUUUUUUUUGCUGGGAAAAUGCCCCCCGUCCGCGGCCACAGGCGCUCCUCGAGACAGCCACCGCGUCUGAUUACCCCCCAUCCCGUGAAGAAGAGCAGCAGAAGAGGAAGAGGCAGCGUCAGAGGCAGAGGCAAAGGCAGAGGCAGAGGCAGCAGCAGCAGUCGCGGCAGCCACAAGAUCAGGACGGGUGCUGGUAGGCCGAGGAAGGUGCUGCCGCCGUUGCCAUUGCCGUUGCCGUUGCCGUUGCCGCCGCUCAUUGGACGCAGCUUCAAGACGUCUUGCAAACGGCUGAAAAUGGAAAAGACUCCCCGGUACACACAGCGGGAGCGGAAUAUGGUGCUCGGCUACGCAGCGCAGUACAAGGAAGUGAUCGAGAACAAGCGCACGGACGCGGAGUCCAACCGGAAGAAGGACGAGGUCUGGCUGCAGAUCGCCAAGGAGUUCAACUCCCAGGUGUACCAUCAGCGCAGUGCCAAGCAGCUGCGCCAGCUCUACAAGAACAUGAAGCUCCUGCUGAAGAAGGACCUGUGCGGCGAAGACAAGACCAAUGGCACCUUCCUCGAUCUGCUCAACACACUGUCGCAGCAGGAAUCGGUGGCCCAGUUCAUGGCCACGCAGAUGUCCCCGGAUGGGGGCAACCAGAGCGGCGGGGCCAAUGGCCAUCAUCAGGACGACUAUGAGGACUCAAAGGUAGGUUGGCAUCUGGGGAGCGAUCUCUAUAACCAUCUCAGACAGCAGGUCACUGAUCAACUGAUGCUUCAACAGAUGCCGCCAUACGACAUGGACACGGACGUGGUCCUGAUCAAAUCGGAGACCAUCAGCGACAACGACCAGACGGAGAACGGCAUGGACUGCUUGGACGACGACGACGACGAUGACUGCCCGAGUCCCAAGGCGCCCGAGGUUUGCCUCGAGGAGGAGGAUGAUGUCCUCUUUGCCACAGAUCUAAGCCAGCUGCAGCAGGGCUCAGCGGGAUCGGCAGGUGGCGGUGUGGGCAGCGGAAUUGGUGCCUGCUCCUCCUCGUCCAUGUCUCUGCCCGGCGGCCUAGCCAGCCUCAACGGACCACUGAAUGGCCUCUCGGACGCGGUGCAGCGAUCUGCCAGCUCGCCCGUGUGCUCCACAAAGACCUCCGUCUCCUCUAGCGGCAGUUACGUGUCGUCAACCCCCAAACCGGACAUCACCAUCCAGACGGUGGGCCACAUACGCGUGGGGUCCUUUGCCAAUAUCAAUAAGACCCUGCACAACGGAUCCGCAACGCCCAAUGCCAACAAUAGCAAUGGCAAUGGGAACAGCAGCUCCAACAGCGCCGGAGUGCAGCACCUCACAGCGGAGCAGGUGCAGCAGCAUAUGCUCCUCAACGGUCUCGGUUUGUCCGCCGUUAAUCCACCGCCACAGACGCUGCAGGCAGCCAUCAAUGCUGCCACCGCUUCCGUGCCUGCCUCGGGAACCAUUGGCGGCACUGGCUUUGGCGGCAAUCGGCGCACUCCACCCACCCUCCAGCUACCGCGUCUCCAGCGCGGCAACAACAACACCAACAACAUCAACAACAAUAACAACAACAACAACAACCACAACCACAACCCCAGUCUCGGCAGCGGAACGGCGAACGGUGUGCAACUGCUGCUCAAUGGCCAUCAUAAUCAGCAUGGGCGUGAUAAGGCCACGCAGGGCGUGGCCAUUGGGGCCGCCGGCAGCUUCAACGGCUACAACGGCCUGGCCGUCACCGUGCCCUGCCUCAACAGCAGCAGUAGCAGUGCAAAUAGCAGCGGCGGUAUGCUCAUGUCCAGCUCAAACGGCGGCAGCGGGAACGGAACGGGUCCGCGGAUGCAGCAUCAGGAGUUCAUGAUGUCGCUGGCCAUCGAGGAGCGAAAGCGGAAGAUCGACCUGCUUAAUGCACAGAUCGACUACUGGCAGACGCUAACCAAGAAGCUUGGCGCCCAGCCGGGCCACUUUCCCAAUCCGGCGUGCCUUUGCCACUUUCCGGGCAGCGCCGCCUUGGGCCAUGUGGCCGGUGUCACCUCGUCCGCCUCCUCUUCAUCAUCGGCUGGUGUCCUGCAGACGCAGACGAGUAGUAGCUAGUCCGAAGAGGACGAUGGCGAUGAUGGGGACGGGGGCGGGGGCGGAAGCAGGAUCGUGAUCGCAAUUGGGAGCUCUUCGGAUGAGGAGGAUGUUGAUUUCGGUCUUGUGGAUGGCCAGGACAGCAGAGGCGAUUGCAGCGACAUCAUCUCCAUUGUCGAUAUCAAUGAUGAUGAUAAUGACGAGGAUGCUGAUGGACAGAUGGAGGAGGAGCAGGAGGAGCUGCAUGUGCAGCUGCUUUUGCCAGCAAAGAUCGCCAUUACAGAUAUGCCGGAUCUGCCAGAUGAAUAUGAUUACUACUCACAGGAUGCCUUAGCCAGGGAUGUGGGCGUGGUGGGUGGCCUAUCACCGUCGAACCCCUCACUGUCCCCAUCCCCAUCCCCAUCGCCCGCCCCCCAGCCAGCCGCCAAGCGCUCGAAGCGCCUGAAAGCCAACUCCAUGCAAAGCUGCAGGGCACAGAUGGAGAUGAAGCCCCCCUAGGAGGAGGAGCAGCUGCAGCUAAAGCUAAACCUAGAGCUAGAGAGCUGGUCUAGUAUUUAUACUAGUUAGUAUUGUACGUAUUAACCCAGUCGUAACGCACCUGCAACAAAAUCCGAGUGCGCUGCCCCCGCACCAGCUACACGUUAACUUAAUAUUUUAUAAUACUUUUACUUUUACUUUUACUACCGCUACCAUUGCUAUUCAUGAAGGAGUACUACUAUUAUUAUGAUUAUUAUUAUUAUUAUUAUUUAUUUAUGCCUAAUUUGUGUGCCAAAAAGAGAGGAGAUCAGAAUUUAACUUAACCUUUCGACCUUUGCCAUCGAGAAUGCUUGCCAAAAACAAUGAUGAACGUACGCCUUAGUCAAACCAAAACCAAAACCGAAACCAAAACCAAAACCCAAGCACCACCCUCACUCGCAACUCGCUAUUUAUUUUACAACAAAAGAAACCUAUGCUUAACUGUUUUUUUUUGUAUUUUGUAUUUGUUUAUACCCUUAAGAAAGAUUUGGGGUUUUCAGUUUGAAGAGAGCUGCAACCAAAAAAAAGAAAGAGAGAAAGAGAAGAGGUGCGAACACUUUGUCUUUGUACAUUUUACCUUUAAACUAAAACUGAAACCUAAAAACAAAACAAAAACCAAAAGCAAAAGCUGAAACAUACUUAAUUAGAAUGAGAGUAAGGAUAGAGAGGAUAUGUUGAAGGAAGAGAGAGAGAGAGAGAAGAGAGCGAAAACAAAAAUAUGAAAACUGUACAAAUGUGGUUCCUAAUCUAGUCCUUAAAAGAAAAAGCGAAAGCAAAACACACACACAAAACAAAACAAAACAAAAAACAAAAACCACACGAAAUUGUUGUAUUAUGUGUAUUAUUUUUAUAAAAACGCCAUCAACCAAACGCUCCACCCUCCCACCUCUCCCAGCCCCACAGUUCCCACAACCAUCCAAAGAAUUAUAGCUAAUUUAAUGUAUUGUACUUAAAGAACCCCCCCUGAAUGAAACCAAGUUCGCGUUUAGUCUGUACAGAAAGAGAGAAAGAGAGAGAGGGAAACUUGCUAGUCGUCGCUGCUUAACUGUAUUUAAGUGCAGCAUACAAAAUGAUUUAGUUAUUGCUAAGUGAACGUGUAAAUUGCAAGUAAACUUCAUUCAUUGUGAAUAUAGAAUUUUCAAAAUGACAUCAAUCCCCCCCCCCCCCCACACACCCAA